AUGCCUGAGUUAACAUUUCCUGGAAUCCAAUCUGCUUCCGCCAAAAGAUUGGAGGGAAAAGUGGCAAUCGUAACCGGAGGUGCGAGAGGAAUUGGUGAGGCGACUGUACGUCUCUUCGCGGCCCACGGAGCCCUCGUGAUAAUCGGUGAUGUGGAGGACGAUCUCGGAAAUUCUCUCGCCCGAGCUCUGUCCCCCAACGUAUCCUACGUCCACUGCGACGUCGCCUUGGAGGCCGACAUCGAGUCCCUUGUGGGGUCUGCGGUGUCGAAGCACGGCCGGCUCGACAUCAUGUUCAACAACGCCGGCAUCCUCGGCAACCAGUCAUCAUCCCGCAAGACCAUCCUCAAUUUCGACGCGGAGGAGUUCGACCGGAUCAUGGCCGUCAACGUCAGGGGUAUCGCCCUCGGUAUGAAGCACGCCGCCCGUGCCAUGGUGCCCGCCGCCACUUCCGGCGGCGGCAAAGGCUGCAUCAUAUCGACGACGAGCGUGGCUGGGGUGAUGGGGGGAUUGGGACCCCACGCAUACACGGCAUCCAAACACGCAAUCGUCGGGCUAACGAAAAAUGUGGCCUGCGAGCUCGGCAAGCACGGGAUAAGGGUCAACUGCAUCUCACCGUUUGGGGUUGCCACAAGGAUGCUGGUGGAGGCGUGGAGGAAGGAUGGUUGUGUCGUGACUGCGAAAGAGGAAGUGGAGAACACGGAGGAGUUUGUGAGGUCGGUGGCGAAUUUGAAGGGGGAGACGCUAAGGGCGGAUCAUAUAGCCGAGGCUGCGCUUUUCCUUGCGAGUGACGAGUCGAGGUACAUUAGUGGCCACAAUCUCGUGGUUGAUGGCGGUGUUACCACCUCUAAGAACAUUGUUGGUUUGUAA